AUGCCCUGGCCGUGGCAUUUUGUAGACCUCAGCUCCGAUGAAAAAGACCACCGGCGACGCCUGCUAGACCAAUACGCACUCUAUUCCCAACUAUCUAUCCUAGUCCUAGCUUUGGGUUAUCGAGUCUACCGGCUCAGCACAUGGUUAUUGGGUGAGAAACAGAGGCUCCAUGUCGCGUACACUGCUCUUGGGCAGUCACCGGUCGGCAUAGAACCAGCCAGAGGCUGGUCUAGGGCCGCUGCCAGGCGAUGGUGGUCUGCCAUAUGGUGGUUAAAUAGUGAAAUUUCCCCCAAUGUGGGAUUAAUAGGACGCUGGAUUGCUGCAGUCGCCUGGACUCUGUGGCUGCUGUUUCUGUCCGUCAAUCAGACCGGUGAUGACUAUUUACAUGUCACGAAACGCCUUGGAAGUAUUGCUGCAGCCCAACUUCCUAUUCAUUAUAUGUUGUCUAUGCGGAAUCGCUAUUCGCCCUUGGCAGUGAUUUUCGGCACUUCUCACGAACACCUCAUCCACUGGCAUCAAAUAUGUGGCCGAAUCAUUAUGAUCCUGAUUGUUCUUCAUGCUGCAUUAUAUAUGAAUUAUUUUGUCCAGACUGAAAACUUUGUGGGACGCCUGCAGAGUCUUCCAUCUGUGACAGGACUAAUAUGCUUGGUCUUGAUGUUCGUGCUUGCAAUCACAAGUAUCGAGAAAUGCCGACAAUGGAGCUACAGAGCCUUUUACUUCUGCCAUCUAGCGAUCGGGCUGGCAAUAUUGCCCAUUCUCUUCUUUCAUACUCAUCACCUCCGGCUUUAUAUGAUCGAGACCCUGGCACUGUUCAUUUCCGAUCGAAUCCUCCGACGAAUCGACACCAUCACCGACUCGGCAACAAUCACUCAGAUCCCCGCUACGGACUUGCUAAAAGUCCAGGUUCAGAUUCCACCGUCUAAACAAUCUCGCUUCCAAGCUAAGCCUGGCCAACACAUCUAUAUGUGCAUUUCCUCCGGGAGCGAAUGUAGUGGUGGAAACCGCUUACUAUCGAACCCGUUCACAGUUGCCGCUGUCUCCGCAGGCGAGAUCGCACUAUUUCUGCGAACUCGUCAGGGUCCCACAACACAAACUUUGUUGACCUUUGCGGACCGAUUCAAGACCCAACCUCGAAUCCGCAUCGAAGGGCCCUACGGGACUCCCGUUCCCAUCGCAAAUAUCGCCGCGAAAUUCGACCGCAUCCUCCUCGUGGCUGGCGGAAUAGGAGCGACAUUUAUCCUACCUGUCUACCGGGGGUUGCGUGAAUACCUCGAUGACGAAGGCGGCGGCCACAAACACCUCAACUUUACAUGGGCGUUGAGAUCUACAGCAGAGGUUGCUUGGGCUACAGACCUCGAAGAUCAAACCUUUGCAGACGAUCCCGAGGUUCACAUUUACUUGACUCGACAAGUUUCCUCAGAGCAUUCCUCGCGCAAUUCCUUCUCUCAAGGAAUCGAGAUGGGUGAAGUGCAGACUCCGGAUGGCUUAGUCGGCGGAUUCAAGACACUCAUGGGACGGCCAAAUCUCAGGGAAAUCGUGGACCAAACAUUCAGCUAUCAUGGCGAUGAGAGUGUGGCAGUCUUCUUCUGUGGACCACACGACAUGGCGCGUGAGCUACGGGCCCAUGUGGGCAGAUGGGUGGCCAAGGGACGAUUUGUAUUCUGGCAUCAAGAGAGUUUUGGAUCUUAA